GGCUUGAGUGGAUCCAAUGAGAUCACGCCGCGUUCUGGGCCCUAUGGUGAGAAUAAGCCGGCGAUAGCAAGGCAAAAAGCAAGAAAUCCAGCGUAGCCCAGCGUUAUAGGAGAGUACAUGGAAAGAUAUACUUCGGCUGCAGUAAGCGCUGCAACACUGUAAACUUCAGUAAAGCAAGAUACUAGACCAGAAGAGCUCACACAAUAUUUUGGUGCUAUUUUCUUUUGUAUCUAUAGUACUAUUGAGCUAGCGGCGUGCUAAAGGAAACAACUAUGUGGAGGGACUCAAUUCUCUGGAUGCUUUUCUGCUGUUUUCCACUCCUCCCCUCUCCCACAGAUUCCAUAGCUGUGAUGUCAGUUGACUUGGGGAGCGAGUGGAUGAAAAUUGCUAUAGUCAAGCCUGGUGUGCCAAUGGAAAUUGUUCUAAACAAGGAGUCCAGAAGGAAAACUCCAGUGGCUGUGUGUUUAAAGGAGAAUGAGCGCCUAUUUGGUGAUGGUGCUCUGGGUGUGUCUGUCAAGAACCCCAAAGUGGUGUACAGGUAUCUGCAGGACCUCAUAGGGAAACAGAAGGAGAACCCUCUGGUGGCAUUGUACCAAAACCGCUUCCCUGAACAUCACUUGGAAAAAGACGAGGAUCGUGGCACAAUAAUCUUCAAGAACUCUGAAGAGAUGCAGUAUUCACCAGAGGAGAUUCUUGGCAUGGUUUUGAACUACUCACAAGGCUUGGCACAGGAUUUUGCAGAACAACCAGUUAAAGAUGCUGUGAUCACAGUUCCAGCCUUUUUCAAUCAGGCAGAGCGUAGGGCAGUCCUUCAGGCAGCCCAGAUGGCAGGCCUAAAGGUCCUUCAACUAAUCAACGACAACACAGCUGUUGCUUUGAACUACGGAGUCUUCAGGAGGAAGGACAUUAAUAGCACAGCCCAGAACGUGAUGUUUUAUGACAUGGGCUCCGGCAGUACAGUGGCUACCAUUGUCACGUACCAGACUGUGAAGACAAAGGAUUCUGGGACACAGCCUCAGCUGCAGAUUCGGGGGGUUGGGUUUGACCGCACGCUGGGUGGGUUUGAGAUGGAGCUCAGGCUGAGGGACCACCUGGCCAAGCUCUUUAACGAGCAGAAGAAGACCAAGAAGGAUGUGCGGGAGAACGCUCGGGCUAUGGCCAAGCUCCUCAAAGAGGCUCAGAGGCUUAAGACCGUGUUGAGUGCCAAUGCUGAGCACACGGCACAGGUGGAAGGCCUCCUGGAUGAUAUAGACUUCAAAGCAAAGGUGAAACGGACAGAGCUUGAGACACUGUGCAGUGACCUGUUCGACAGAGUUCAGGGGCCUGUCCAGGAAGCACUCGGUUCUGCGGAAAUGUCCAUGGAUGAGAUCGAGCAAGUUAUCCUGGUUGGAGGAGCGACUCGGGUGCCCAAAGUACAAGAGGUCCUGUUGAAAGCUUCGGGAAAAGAGGAGCUGGGGAAGAACAUCAACGCAGACGAGGCUGCAGCCAUGGGCGCGGUCUACCAGGCUGCGGCGCUCAGCAAGGCAUUCAAGGUCAAACCUUUCCUGGUGCGAGAUGCCUCCAUGUUCCCCAUUCAGGUGGAGUUCACUCGGGAGACAGAGGAAGAGGAGGGGGUGAAGAGCCUGAAGCAUAACAAGCGUGUCCUGUUCCAGAGAAUGGCGCCCUACCCCCAGAGAAAAGUAAUCACAUUCAACCGCUACACUGACGAUUUCAUCUUCAACGUCAACUACGGGGACCUCGCAUUCCUCAGUGCACAAGACCUCAGUGUGUUUGGCUCUCUGAACCUGACCACGGUCAAGCUGACCGGUGUUGGAAGCAGCUUCAAGAAGCACGUUGAUGCAGAGUCAAAGGGCAUCAAGGCCCAUUUCAACAUGGACGAGAGUGGUGUACUGAUGCUGGACAGGGUGGAGUCUGUGUUUGAGACAGAAGUUGAAGAGAAAGAGGAGGAAUCCACUCUAACAAAACUUGGAAACACCAUUUCAAGCCUGUUUGGUGGAGGAAGCUCAGAACCCAGUGUAAAUGCAUCUGAACCUGUCCAGGAUGAGGAAGAGGUUCCACCAGAGACUGGGAAAGAAGACGACCAGGCCCAGAAGGACAAACCUGCUGAGGAAGAGAAGCAGGAGGCUGGGGAAAAUGCAAAGGAGGAGACCCUGGGCGAGGAGAAGGCUGAGGCUGAGAAAGCUGAUGCUAAUUCGGAUGCCCAGGACCCAAAGGAGGCAGAGAAAUCUGAGGAAAAGAAGCCAAGUGAGGAAGAAGGAAAGGCUGAGGAAAAGGAGGAUAAAAAAGCCAAACCCCAGAAGAGGACCAAGAUCUCGGAUGAAAUCGGAGUUGAGCUCCAAGUGAAUGAUAUUUUGAACCCAAGCUCCGAUCAGAUCGAGUCUUCGAAAAAAAAAUUGCAAGACCUCACCGACCGUGAUCUGGCGAAACAUGAACGGGAGAAGGCGCUGAACAGUUUGGAAGCGUUCAUCUUUGAGACGCAGGACAAGCUGUACCAGGACGAAUUUCAGGCCGUGGUGUCCGAAGAGGAGAAGGAGCAGAUUUCGGGCAAGCUGAGCGAGGCUUCUGAGUGGAUGGAUGAGGAGGGGUAUACGGCUGGCACCAAGGAGUUGAAGGAGAAGCUGUCGGAGCUGAAGAAGCUGUGCAAGGCCAUGUUCUUCAGGGUGGAGGAGCGUAGGAAAUGGCCUGACCGCCUGGCAGCCUUGGACAGCAUGCUCAACCAUUCUGCCUUCUUCCUCAAGAGUGCCAAACUCAUUCCUGAAGAUGAUCAAGUCUUUACUGAGGUGGAGCUAAAGACUUUGGAAAAAGUCAUAAAUGAGACCACGACAUGGAAGAACGAGACGGUGGCCGAGCAAGAGAAGAGGUCGUCCACAGAGAGGCCCGUCCUGCUGUCGAAAGACAUCGAAUCCAAGCUGGCGCUACUGGACCGCGAGGUCAACUACCUGCUGAACAAGGCCAAGUUUGCCAAGCCAAAACCCAAACCUAAGCCCACAUCCGCAGAGAAGAACGGCACCAGUACAGAGAAGGGUAAAGCCAAUGGCACCGUGGCAGACUCCGAGAAAGUCAUCCCACCCAAGGAGGAGCCCUCUCCGGAGAAAGCCCCAGAAGCACCUGAGGAGGUGCAGCCGGGAGAAGAGCCGCCCACUGUGGAGGAUGCUGGGAAAGAGACUGAGACGGAAAAAUCGGAGCGCCCAGAAGGAGCAUCAAGUACGGAACCAUCUGAGAACAAUAAAUCCGAAAACCAUUUGGGAGAUGAAUUAUAAGAACUCUUGGAGGAAAAACAAAAUCCAUUGUAUUUAUUGACAAUUGUUCAACUUUAAUUCCUGCCCCCCCUUUCAACUAAUUUAAAGCACCAUGUGUCAUUGGAUCAGUUUGGAGAACCCUUUAGGUGUACAUUUUUUAGGGCUCUCAAACUUGAAUUGCCCUCAUUUUGUCUCUUGGAUACUUCCAUCUGUCCCUCUCCCCUGCAAACGUAUGCGAGACCGUUAAGAAGAGCACUUAGGAGCCUAAGCAUACCACAGAUAUUGCUGUUCCUGAACUUUUUUUUCUUUUCUUUUUUUAAAUAAUCAUUUAAUUUUAUUUUUGGGCCUUCUACAAAUUGAUAAUCUUUGUAAUGUUUAUUUCUAUAUAAUGCAUCGGAGAAUCUUGAUGUCCCCGUUAGGAACAAGGGAAGAGUGAGGGCCAGUGAGUUGUGGAAAGCAGAAAUGUUUUGAGUGGUCUCUUCUCACAAGUCUGUCUGUAGCCUCAGCUCUGAUCAUGCUACGAUAACCAGUAUACGCACAAAGAAUGGCAAUUUGUCCUAAGUUUUAGACCUCUUAUAUUUUCCAUGUGUCCAACGAUUAAACAGGGUCACAAAAACUUUCAGCAAUGACAGGCAAUGGACUAAGUUGAGGAUUAUGUGACAGAAUGAUGAAGUUAUCACUUGUUAGGAAAGGGGGAUUGAAUUGUUGAAUUAAUGUGUUUGCAAGGGGCUUCUUUCUUUUCCUUUUUUUUGAUGGGGCAUUUUUGGUGUAAGAAUUUCUAGGUGACCAUUGGGAAUUCUGGACAUUAUGAAAUAGAAUUCCAUUCUGACACGUGCGUACAGCAGUUAAAUGGAAGAAUUGUUGCAGUGUUUGCAGCUCUGCUGAUGGGAGGUGAAGGCCACAGCCUAAGAAUUCAACUGCUCUGCACAUCAUUUCCCAUCAGCACCUCGGUGAAACCAUGUGCAGUGUGCAGUGCAGUCUGCUUCCACAGGAGAGAAUGUAACACUUUGCAGCUAUACAAACUGCAGGAAGCUACUGCAGGAUGUGGGGAUAAAAUUGGAGGGAUAUUGGAGGAGAAUCAGUGUUUGAUAUUUCAGACAUUUGCCUCCAUCUUAAAAAAAAAAAAAAAAUUAAAAGAAAUACUACAAUGUACCUCAGACAAAAAUUUAGUAACUUAUUUGAAAUUGUUUUCAACUUUAAACCUUUGUAGUUUUGUGCCAUUUCAACUGAACCUGAAACGAGUGCAAUACCAAAGGGUAUUAGUCUCGUCAACACAAUAAUUACCCCUACCCCCUCCACCCCACUCCCCAAGUCUCUCUUCAAGUUGAGAAUAUUUUUGCAUGAUUUAUACAUGAUUUGUUCUGUUGUGUGGUACCUUCUAUUGCAUUUUUUCCUCUUCAGUUUGGCUCCAUAUAAUAUUGUAUGCCUUUUCAAUCAGCUGUGUGCAAUUUGGAGUUUACUGUGGUAUUUCUGUGAAUUCGCAUUUUCAGGACGAGCUUGACUGCACUGACUUCAGAUGACCAGAUUCCCUCCCACAUCCCUCGUGUUGCUCAAAAGGAAUACAUAAAUAGGUUUUGAAAACUCACUGCUGGUUCCGUACACUUCACUUUGAUGCAGUCCUGUCUGGACAUGUAGAGCUCGUUGUGGUGUUGGGAGGGGAGAGGGUGUCAAUGUUUUUGUUCCAAAAAAAAAAAUGUUAAUAAAGUCUCUUUUUUUUUUA